AUGCCUACCCAAGUUCGUAUUUUUGCUAUGCCAAAGUCUCUUGGUGAGACGCUGUCUGGUAACACGCCUACGUCUAUUCCUCGCUCCCUUCCGGAACGUCUCAACGGCAAUCCCAGCGGCCCCAAGAGUCAGGCUCGGAAGCCUGUUGCGACAGACAUGGAGGCAAGCCGUCAAUACAAAGGCGUGACUUUCUCUGGCCAGGACAGUCUGCCCAAGCUGCCCAUACCGGAUUUGGAACACACUUGCGAGAAGUACCUUGCUGCUUUAAAGCCACUGCAGGGGCCCAGGGAACAUUCCGACACGAAGCAAGCAGUGCAAGAGUUCCUCAAGCAAGAUGGGCCGGAACUGAACGAUAAAUUGCAGCAGUAUGCUGUGGGCAAGACUAGCUACAUUGAACAGUUUUGGUACGACUCGUACUUGAAUUUCGACAACCCCGUCGUCCUGAAUCUCAAUCCAUUUUUCCUGCUUGAGGAUGACCCAACGCCGGCUAGGAAUAACCAGGUGACGCGUGCCGCAUCACUGGUGGUCUCUGCCCUCGAGUUUGUCAGAGCUGUCCGCCGAGAGGAACUGACACCGGAUACUAUCAAGGGCAAGCCCCUAGAUAUGUAUCAAUAUUCCCGACUGUUUGGCACGGCCCGAGUACCGACGGAGAAUGGAUGUCAGAUCGAGCAAGAUCCCGACUCCAAACACAUAGUUGUACUUUGCCACGGCCAGUUCUACUGGUUUGACGUUCUCGACGACGACUCGGACGUCAUAAUGAGUGAAAAGGACGUGUCCAUCAACCUGCAAACUAUCAUCGAUGACGCCUCCCAAACACCGAUACAAGAAGCUGCCAAAGGUGCCCUUGGCAUUCUCAGCACGGAGAACCGGAAAAUUUGGUCUGGCCUUCGAGACUUACUCACAAGGGAAGAGGGCUCGAACAACGCGGAUUGUCUCGGCAUUGUAGACUCGGCACUAUUCAUGCUAUGUCUCGACUACACGGAACCCAACACUGCGGCAACCCUGUGCCAGAACAUGCUUUGUGGCACCAGUCAAGUAGAGAAGGGACUUCAGAUUGGGACUUGCAUUAACCGAUGGUACGACAAGUUACAAAUAAUUGUCUGCAAGAACGGCAGCGCGGGCAUCAACUUUGAGCACACGGGUGUGGACGGCCACACCGUUCUUCGAUUUGCGAGCGAUAUUUACACCGACACGAUUUUGCGAUUUGCCAGGACGAUCAAUGGCGGAGCCCCGAGUCUCUGGGCAACAACAAGUCCAGACCCCUCGAAGAGAGAUCCUGACAGUUUUGGUGAUGUUAACACUACGCCUCACAAGCUCGAGUGGGACAUGCUACCCGAGAUGAGCAUUGCGGUGCGGUUUGCAGAGACGAGACUUGCAGAUCUCAUUGGACAGAACGAGUUUGAAUGCCUGGACUUCAAUGGCUACGGCAAAAACUUCAUCACCGCCAUGGGUUUCUCUCCGGAUGCUUUUGUCCAGAUGGCGUUCCAAGCGGCAUACUAUGGCCUGUAUGGGCGCAUAGAGUGCACGUACGAACCGGCUAUGACCAAGGUAUUCCUCCACGGGCGAACGGAGGCUAUUCGAUCCGUAUCUGAACAGUCGGUCCACUUCGUACAGACGUUCUGGGGGGACAACCCGGCUGAAUCGAAGGUGGAGGCGUUGCGGAAGGCUUGCCAGCAACACACCAGCAGCACGAGGGACUGCGCGAAAGCAGAAGGUUGCGACAGGCAUUUAUAUGCGUUGUUUUGCGUGUGGCAAAAAUCCCUCGACGAGCAGAAUGGUAGUUUGAGCAGCACGGGAUACUCUAGUCCUGUAGAAAGCGGGUCGGAUCGGGACCUGUCUUCUCCAGUUGGUAGCCCGGGCAACGACUCAGUGUUAUCGACCGAAGGCGAGGCCAGAAAUCGAGAACGUGGAGAUAGUACGGGAUCCCGCUUCCGGGACACUCAACCAGUACCUAGUCUCUUCGCCGAUUCCGGGUGGGACAAGCUCAAUACGACAAUCCUGUCGACGUCCAACUGCGGCAACCCGUCGCUCCGACACUUCGGAUUCGGCCCCACGUCCGGCGACGGCCUCGGCAUUGGAUACAUUAUUAAGGACGACGUUAUCUCGGUAUGCGUAUCGAGCAAGCACCGUCAGACCAAGCGCUUUGUCGACACGCUCGAGAGCUAUCUUCUUGAGAUCCGCCGCAUCCUGCGCAUCACCAACCGCCAGAGCAUGUCCAUGAAGCAAACACGAGCCCGCGAGGUCGACCCGAGCAAGGCCAAGACGCCCAAGGGAUUGAAGGCCAGGGGCCGCAUGAUUACGGGCACCGAGGUGAUUCGCAAUAUGACCAAGUCUUCGGUGGGAACAAGGUCGCCAACUGAGGAGAGCCUGGCUAUGAGUGAGGAUGAUGAGCUGGGAGGCUAUGGCUUCUUCGAUGCGGGCAUGCUCUUGCAAGCGCUGAAGGCAAGGGGUGAAGGAUUCGACAAUGGCGAGGCGAAGGCGUCAGAGAAGGCGAGGAGAAGAGAUGUCGGGAAGAAACUGCGGUUGGUUGAUUACUGA